AAAUAAUUUGAGCUUUGACACAAGACAGCUUUGAAUAUGGCCGCUCCAGAUAUCAAACAGGAACCUAUGCUGAACUUGCCAAAGGUUGGCAAACUCCCCAAACCACUGGUAGAACGUCGCAGAAGAGCCCGUAUUAAUGCGAGUGUAGAUGCACUACGAGAGAUCCUGCCCACCACCCACGCUGAUGCCAGGACCGACAAGGCUGACGUGCUGGAGAUGGCUGUUAACCAUCUGAAGCAGUUGCGCAAGAGGAGAAGGGAUGCCAGGGAUAAGAGAGCCAGAACCGCUCAACUUCAAGGGCUAGGACCAGUACACACAGAAGAAAAGAGUUUCCGAAAGGGAUACUCCGAGUGUCUCUCAGAGGUCGCCAAGAUGAUGAUGUUUUCACCUGCUAUUGACGAUGGAACCAGACAGAAACUGAUCGCAAGACUCACAACAGUGAGCUGCCCUCCGAACCCACCACCCCGAGCAGGGGCCCAGUCUCCAGUCUCCUGUGGUGCAACACCACCCCACUCCCCCGGAUACCCCUCUCCACCCAGCUCUCCUGGUGCUAGAACUCCCAGUCAUCUCAAGGUGUGUGGAUCACCCCCAAUUAGUGGAAGUGUUUCCUCAGAUCCCGGCCGUGUUCCCGGACUCAUCAAACCUAAACCUCAAGUCAUGAUCAACCCGCUGUCCGGCUUCCCUAGAGUGCUGUCUCCAGCUAUCCAAGCAGCCCUUCAAGCCAGACUUGCCAUGCUGACUAACCCCAACAAACCACCACAACUCUCCACAUUCAUCCCAAAACCAGGCACUCUCACUGCACGACAAGAACUGAUGAACCUGAUGACACAGCCGCUAUCCGAGAGGACCAGACUCCCACAAUCUACCUUCAACUCUCUGCCUCUGUGGAGACCUUGGUGAAAGGAGACACAGGAGACACAGCCAUCAUGGGGGUCUUAUUGUGGAAAUUACUAUGAAAAAGACUGCUGAGAUUACACAUUUGCUUGCUGGAGAUAUAGAGAUAUUUUGCGACACUUUGGGGUGAUUGUGGACUUGACUAAAGGGACUUGGCAGUUUGGGUAUCUUCUGGUUUAUUAUGUGGACUUUAUUCAAGCACGAGGAGAGACAGAGUGGGCGUGAAUUACAAGAUAUUAGGGAGAAAUUUGUAAAGAUGUUUACAACUUGGUGAUUAAACUAUGGAGCUUUGAACUUUAAGCUGAACUUCAAGGUUUAUAUAUUUCUAUUAUCUAUGUUUUAUGUUUGUUUAAAACGUUUAAUAGAUAUUUGUUAAAACAGUUUUUCCGGUGAAGCUUGCAUCAGAAGUUAUCAGAUCUUACCAUAUUUUAUCAAGAAAGGCACUGUAUGAGUACUUGUACGUCAAAAUAUUUCGAAAUCUUGGUCUUAAAUUCGGACUGAUUGCAAGUUUUAACCCAUUAAAAUUACCCCGUGGUUUAUGACAAUUGUCACAAAUUCAAUUUAAGAAACUGCUCUGAGAUCACAUUGCUCUUUUGAGACCCAAUAAAUUGUGAAGAUCUAAUAACCCAUGUCUUUAUGAACCCGCAAACCACUGACAAGGUUAAAACUAAUCGAAUUUCCUGGGUUAGAUGGUUUAACUUUCUCUCAUCCGGACAAAGUUCCCUCCCUGGACAACUUUUAAACGAGCAGCUGAAGUUUGGUUUAUAUAGUUCUGGGAUUAUUUGAUCAAAUAUUUUAGUUUGAUUCAAAAGCUAGAGUAUUUGAUAUUUGUCUGUUCAAUUUGAACAAGGGUACUGAUGCUAUCAACUUUUUUCUUUUUUUACAGAACAUGAUAAUUCAAAUUGGACGAAUGAUUUAUAUAUUUAACCAAUUUUAUUUAUAAUGUAACGUAAAUUAUUUGUGGUUUGUAUAUUUAUUUA